AUGUAUUAUCUUUACGUUAAUGCGACUCUACAACUUCCAUUCGAAUGUCCCAGUGGACACCCAUGUAGAGAUGAAAUACAAGCAGCUUUGGAACAGACACCACCAACUCUACUUCAAUUGACUACAGAAAACGGAAAUGUGACUAUCGAAGCUGAAAAACCAACAGUACAAGGUUUAAAAUCAUCAUCGUCAAAACCGAAUCUUAUUGGUUUAAUUGUUGGUAUUGUUAUGGCAGUACUUAGUGCUUUACUGCUCGUAGGUGUAACUGGUUAUGUUAUUGUACGAAGACGCAAACAAAAAAGACAAGAUAAUGAGUUUCACGGUGCUUUUGAUUUACCCAUUACUCAAAAAUACUUGAAAAGAAAUCAGCAUGGUUACGGCACAAAAGUUUUUUCAUGUGAACUCGCUGAAAAAAAUCCAUUACACUCAACCUUUGCUCGCUGCGUAAAAAACUGGGUUGGUCCUCUGGGAAAUGGUUUCAAAAUAAAAGCGAUCGACAUCAUACAAAAUCGUGAUAAAUUUAACCACUUCCGUCAACAAAUUGAGAUUGUUGAAAGGCGUAUGGAGCAAAGCGUAUUUCAACCGAAUUUGAAUCUUGAAAAUAAUGUUGCAGAACGAGAAAAAGUACUGAAACGUUUACAGAAUUUAUAUAAUCAGGUAGACCAUAAAAGAAAAGCAAAAAUUGUACGAGUAUGGCAUGGCUGUGAUAAAGAAGUGUUGCCAAAAUUGUUGGCUGACGGUUUUUCAUCCUUAGCGGUACGCAAUAAUGGCUGGUUUGGUAAGGGUAUGUAUUUUUCGUCAAGUGCCCAGUAUGCAUCACGUUAUUGUCCGGAAGAAAAUCCAUGUCUAUUAAUGUGUUACGUAUUAGUUUUAAAUCCAUUUCCUGUGAUUUCUUCUGAUGCGCCGAAAUAUGUCAAGCCAAUACAAUUCAGAUUCUAUGGACGUGGCAAUCAUAGUACUUAUCAAUGUCAUUUUAUACCAGUUUCUCCUGUUACUGAUAAAACAUCUAAAAUGAAUUUUCGUCCACCUGAACGCAUAGAUGAUGCACGCUAUGAUGAAUUAGUUGUUUUUGAAAGUGCAAAUAUCUUACCACAAGUUGUUGUUCAUCUGGAACGAACAUUACCGCCAUCACAAAAAAUACGAAAUGUACCGACUCCAAAAGUAAUACCUAGAACGAAUAAACCAAUAACAAUGGAAACAAAAAAUCAUGAUCAAAAUGAUAAUGUAGCAAAUAGACGUCGACGCCGACGUAAUGGAUUUCCUACUGAAGAUACAGUUGAAAUGAAUCUGAUUAAAGCAGUGGUAGACCGGUAUGAUGGUGAUGAUUAUGAUCGUCGGCAACCAGAUGAUCGGAGACAAAAGGUUAAUAAUUAUAAUGCUAGUGUUAUUGAUAUUCCUAUGAAUGAUAACAGUUGGCGAAAAAUUGUAAACCCGAACCAACCAUUUGAUAGAUGA